GCCUGUAUAUAAACAGAGAAAAAGCAUGAUAGUUCUAUUGCUUUUACAUCACAUCGUAAUUUUCUACAAAUACAUCAAAUGCGCUUUGUAAUUGUUUCCAUUUUCCUGUAAAAACAGGGGUUGAACAGACUGUAACUCCGGCCAUCAACUCCCUUUAUCAUUCAUUGUGAUUAAGAUUGGGCCAGAAGUUUGUUCAAAGUUAUCAAUCACAGAUUUACAGUAAUACAUCCCUUAGACAUUUACCAUUUCAACAGUUUGAAGAGUUGUGCGAUAAGUUUUGACAACUUCCAGGUAAAUGGUGCCCUAACGGCCCCUUGUUGAUAGGCCCGUGAAUCAGAAUCUGGCCAAGGUUUAAUUAAUAGCCUUGUUGAUCCUUUUUCUUCCUUUUUCCAUUUGUGUGAGCACAUCAGUAGCAUUUGCCUGGUCUGCUGAUAAGGUCUGGGUAGCCAGGAUGUUUGGUCAUUGUCCGAGGGUUAUCAGUAUUGACCGUUAAACUUAAUCCAUUACAUGGCGGUAACUGGCUUUAAUCUACUCCAUUGUGUAGGUGUGAUAUCCAAAACUUUGAUAAACUUCUUGGCUAGUUUUACACUUUGGUGCUAUAAGAUAGUAUAUCCCUGUUCCUAACUACCAAGUACAUUGGAGCUAGACAAGGCCCAUGGUCUGAAUUAUUUCUUCUAGAACACAUGUUCUGUGUUGACGAAAAAAAUAUAUAUGGAUAAGGAAAUUAUGGAUAAGGAAAUUCAGAUGUGUGACAAUUUGGUGCAGGAGUCCUUGUUUGAUUCUUCGUGGUGAAGGAAUAGAAAGAGGAUUAUGGUGGAAGUGUAACCUGGCUGUCUUCAAACAACUCCAGUCAUGUAUAGUUAUCUCCCCUUGUUUCUGGUGACCUUGGCAGUUCAAUGUAAAGCCGAUAUCCGUUUCACAGUUUUCGAGGAGCUCCCAAUCGGAGAUGAGGUGGGAAACAUAGCCAUUACAGGAAAAUUCAAUGAAAACCGAACAACGGAAGAAUUCAAUGCUUUGGAGUUUUCGUUUUUGGAAACAAAUCAAUAUACAAGUUAUUUCGACCUGAACAUGCAAACUGGGAUUUUAAGUGUAAAGAAACGAAUUGAUCGAGAUGCCAUCUGUUCACUCGUAUGCCAUCUCAGCUUCGAUGUGGCGAUUCGGUCAAGUAUGUCGCAGGAUAUUUUCUUUCCCGCGGUAACCGUUGUUGUAGAAGAUACCAAUGAUAAUGUACCCGUGUUUGCGCAUACUAACUGGAAAUUGGAGAUUCCAGAAAAUGCAGCUCCGAAUUCUGUGUAUGAUAUCAUACCAGCCACUGAUAACGACACUAGUCUACAGUUCUCUAUCCAGCGAUACACUUUGUCUCCAAUCACUGACCUCUUUACAUUGAAUGUGACGAAAAAAUUAGAUGGAAACUUUCUUGUUCAGUUAAUUGUCAGGCAGCCUCUGGACCGUGAACUUCAGUCUUUCUACCAGAUGUAUGUUACGGCGCAAGAUGGUGGGGAAAACCCGAACAGUGGCAAAAUGUUGGUGAAUAUUUCUGUAACUGACAUGAAUGAUAAUCCGCCGAUAUUUAGUGAGUCUGUGUACAAUGUGACCGUAAAGGAAGACACCCCACCAAACACCUCUGUUAAACAGGUUGUCGCCACCGACAAGGAUGCAGGAGAAAAUGGACGCGUCACCUACAGGAUAAUUCCUACAACGGACACAAACAUUCAGGACUUGUUUCAUAUCAACACUACCACAGGAGAUCUAUAUAUUCUGACUCAGCUCACAUAUAAACCUGGCGAAAGUUACACCAUGAUCGUCGAGGCCACAGAUCACGGGGACACCAAGAAAGUGACGCAAGCCAGAGUGAACGUUUAUGUAGAGGAUUCUGGGAACAAUCCACCUGUAGUACGAAUCAAUAUCCUGUCUGGAUCUGGUAAUGUUGUGUCGAUUCCAGAAUCUGCCAAUGUGGGUGCAUUUGUAGCACAUGUCAGUGUGGAAGAUUCUGAUCAGGGAGACAAUGGACGUGUAGAUUGUAUAGUUUCUAGUGUAUUCUUUAAAACAGAAAGUAUUCCGCCCGGAAAAGGCUUUAAAAUCUUACUCAACCAGGAGCUUGAUAGGGAGAAUGAAGUGAAUCACAGCGUGACAGUUACAUGCCACGAUUUUGGUUCCCCGGUGAUGAAUGUGUCGGCUAACUUUACUGUGUCUGUUACUGACGACAACGACAAUGAUCCAAUCUUCCUCAAAAACCCGUACACUGCUACAAUAGUUGAAAAUAACCAAAUCGGAGACAAGAUUGUCCAGGUCUCGGCACGUGACAUUGAUGAAGGUGUCAACGCCCAGGUCCACUACUUUCUCCACAGUGACGCGGGGUCAAACUUUGCAAUCCAGUCGGAGUCGGGAGUAAUCACAGCCACAAACUCUUUCAAUCGUGAGCAAAAUGUGGAUUUCAAGUUCAAGGUGUUGGCCGUGGACCGCGGCGAUCCACCUCGUACGGGUACAGCCUCUGUGUAUGUCGUCGUUGAGGAUGAAAACGACAACAAACCUGUGUUUAACAGAACCAUUUUCGCUUUUGAUGUUUCGGAAAACCAAGAUGCAGAUUCUUUUGUGGGAAAAGUUGGUGCAGUUGACUUGGACAAGGGAGAUAAUUCCAGGAUAACAUACUUCAUCUCAACUGAGGAUGAAUUAUUGGUACCUUUUAUUGUUUUUUCGAAUGGAGAUAUAAAAACCAAUCGAGUGCUAGAUCGGGAGUCACAGAGUCAGUAUAACUUUGUUGUACAUGCCCGGGACCACGGGGAGGAGCCCCUUAGCAGUACGGCCUACGUUACCGUGUACGUGAUGGACACCAAUGAUAAUGACCCCGUCAUCAUUUAUCCCAACAAAACCAAUCAUACGAUUUGGUCCAAGUCUGGCACCUCUCUCCCUCUUACAACAAUUCAGGCCUACGAUAUUGAUGAAGGCUCCAACAAAAAGUUAACUUACUAUAUACAUGAGGGGAAUGACGAUGAUAUGUUUCUCCUCCACCCGGAGUCGGGGGAGCUGUUUCUGAACAGGAACUAUCCUAUUGGUAAAGAUAAGUCUGUGAACUUGGUGAUAUGUGUCAAAGAUUCUGGUAACCCAGUGAGGGCUAAAUGUGCCCAACUAACGGCAGUCAUUACUGUCAACAAUGCCACAAACACCGGUUAUCAGCGAGAGUCGACCAGUUACAUCACCAUAUCUAUUGUGGUUGUCAUAGUGACAGUUCUCGUAUCUGCAGCUAUUAUUUUGACAAUUUUCUUUUUGAAAAAAAUUGAUAGAAAUCGACAAAAGCAGAAAUACGGAGCUAACGGCCCUCUUGGUGUUCCUGUGCCAAACAGUUAUUCAGCGUCCCCAGCAUCAUCACAGCAUGAUGUCAACUCUGAUGCAGAAUUCAUGGAAAGGAAGAAGAAAGAGGUGACAUUUUCGCCAAGUACAAGUUUUAAAGAUAUCAACAAUAAAGGGAUGAAUAUGCAAUAUCCAAUCGCCACGGAUACCAAACAGGGAAUGUACCUCUAUGACUCCGUCCCAGAAAAUGGCCGCAAAAACACAGAACAAACUGCACAACUGAAUGCCCUCCAUCUUCAACAGCUAUUGUUUAAAACUCACCAACAGGAACAGACGGAGCCAAGUGCUCCACAAAGAGUUGCCCACCCUAGUGACAGUAAUAGUGACACAUCAGGGGAGACAAUCCCUAGCGACAGUGGGAGGGGCGGAAGUGAGGACGAGGUACCCAGCAGUAACCAUACCGGAGAUGACUCCAGAUCUUUUGAUUGUGGAUCUUACAAUUCCCAUAUCGGAACGUUCCAUUCCCCUCCGAACAUUCCACCUCGUAAACAGAAGCUUGCUCCACAAGUGCAUGGAAAAGCUUCUAAUAACAGGCCAUACCCAAAGUCCAGUACUCCGACACAAAUAUUUUUGGGUCCGAGUCGGCCCUAUUCUCUGAGUACAGAGCAUCUCAAUGAAAACAAUUCAAAUUCGAAUUCAGGGCAGAGGGGACAGAAAAAUGGACCUUAUGUGCGAUCAGCGCCAAGUCAUUCUAGUUUUACGUCACCUCAUACACAGUCCUACCUGGACAGCAAAUCAAAGUCCUCAAACUUUAAUACAUGGAAUUACUUACAACCAAAUAAUUGUGUGAAUUACUCAAACGUGUCCAAAGACAGAGACUAUUUUAACCUUCGACCCGAAAGUAUCAGUACGUGUCGGUCGCGGGAUGAUGACGACGAUGCAGCCACAACUACAUCAGGAAGUUAUACGAUUAAUCCCGAAGAGCUUGAGGACGAUUUUUAUCGACCACACCAAGAUAUGGUUGUGUAGGAACGAUCGACUCUUGUGAUUCAUGGUCGUGUCUAGUUGUUAAAACUUUUUGUUACCUCUUAUCAUUUCAUGUGCGUUUUAAUCAAAAGUGUCGCUGCGGGCAUGUUGUACAUUAUAACUUGUAAUACUGUGAUAGAAACGAUGACAUAACGAUACUACCGGGGGUCCCUGUAACAGUUCACUAAUUUUUACCGAUCAAUUUUUUGAAUCAAUCGAUCGUAACUUUUAACAGAAAUGGCUGUAGAGAAUUGUUAUGCCUGUAUGUCAUUUUUAAAAUGGAGAUGUACUCAUUGUAACUUGUGUGGAAUAAAUCCCAUGAGAGUGGUUAGAUCUAACCUAACAGUUUAAUCAAUAUUCUGAUAGCAAUCUUCUACAUUAGAAAAUUAUUUAUUUAUAAUAACAUCUAUUUCCAUGGGGAAAAGAUCAAAACAUCUAUGUUUGGUCCGUGUGAAAUGUACAUCUCUUUAUUGGUUGUUGACAAGUCUAGUUUGAUGACAUCAGCAAUGGAAUGUCGUUAUGACCUUUUAGGACAAACUCUUUGUCAUUGGGUGCGUUCAAAUUAAUGAAGAAUCAUUUAUUAAUUAUUCUCCCUUUUUAAUGUUACCGGAAUAGUUGAUGAAUUAUUCAACAGUAAAUCUUAAUUUAGAUUCAUUUUAGUAGACCGUAUGUCAGUGCUACUUAUUGUAACCAUUUGGUGUCCUUUUAGAAAAAAAAAUUGUCAUGGUCCAUUUCAAUAGUGCCUUUAGUAUGACCUUGACUUGUUCAGUAUGACCUUGACUUGUUCAGCGUCACUUGUGUUAACUGUAGUCCUAAGACUAUCACUCGGUACCAUCGGUACCAUUGUAUUGAUUUUCUGUUCGAUUUCCAAAAGAGUUGCAGUUCAGAACACUAGGAUAAUUAAGAUUUAUUAAAUAAAUCAUUAAAAGGGGAGAUUAAAUGUUUAUUUUGCAGGUACAAUGUAUAGUUGUGUAUAGUAUAUACUGAAGAUUUUUUUCUGACAUACAUCCUGUACAGUAUUGUUAACCAAAGACACAAACUUUGUUGAUCCUUACUUAUAUCGAUAGGGACCUAUGUGACGGGUUACCCUGCAUGUAGAGGUCCCACUUUAGGGUGCUAAUAUAAAUAGUUCUAUUUUCAUAACAUAAUUUGGAGACAUAUUCCUUAAAGCUUUUUAAUACUCUCAAAUCACCUUUGAAAAAAUCAAAAUAUGGUUUAUUUUAGUUCAAAGUAUUACUGUCAAUCUAUAUUUUCUUAAUAUCAAAUUUUUAUCAAAACCAUGACUUGUUAAAAUCUAUGAUGAUAAGACAUAUUUUAAUCAUAUUUCACAAAUAUUAUGAAUUCUCAGAUGAAAAUUGAGUUUUGAAUUGUAUCUCUUUAAGAAUUAUGAACUAUGCCUGUGUAAUACUGCGAUAUUACCACGUGAUAAUACCAUGUUGCCUUGUUGUUUUGUCACAUGCAUGACAUUAAUAUUCAUGUUGUUUGUUGUUACAAUUGUGUAUUAUGAUUAAUUAUUGAGCAGCUAAAUUAAAGCAAAAUAAUUAAAUGAA